GCGGUGUCACUGGGUGGCAGAGCGGCAGAGGAGCUUUUUGUGGGAAAGAUUUCCACUGGUGCCUCGGACGACUUGGACAAGGUCACGAAGAUGGCGCAUGCUAUGGUGGCAGUCUAUGGCAUGUCCGAUAAGAUUGGAUUGCUGAAUUUCGGUCAGAACGAUGCAAGCAACCAGUUCUACAAGCCCUACAGCGAAGCCACUGGUCAGAUGAUCGACAAAGAGACGCGAGAGGUAGUGGAUCAGCAGUACGAGAGAGUGAAGAAGCUGCUGCUCCAGCACGAGGAGAAGCUCCGCUCGCUCACCGAAAGACUAAAUGCCAAGGAGACCUUGGUGUACAAUGAGCUGGUCGAGGUCUUGGGGGAGAGGCCCUAUGAGAUGAAGAAGGAAAUCAGUGCCUUCGUGACAGCAGGAGCCAACCCCUUCGCCGCAGAAGCUGAGGAGAAGGCUGCAGAAGGCACCCUUGCAAAUCAGCGCAUUUCGCUUCUGCACAUUCGAGGUCCUCUGGAGAAAGCAGCGCAUGGUAGUCUGAUGCCUUUGCUCCACGCUUUGGUAGCGGAUCGCUUGGAGGACGCCGUGGCCAUCAAUUUCGCCGUCUACACCCUCAGCUUAGCUGACUGGCUUGGUUGCUCUGACUCCACCAUGGAGGGCUUGGCAUCUGCUGCAGCGCAGCACAGCGCAGAGAUGCCGCAGAUGAUCCAAGCCGUGCUGAAGACAGACGAGGCGAGCAAAAGCCUGGAGUGGGUUCUAAAACGAGGACUCCUCAUACGCGAUGCAAGAGGCAUUGAGGCUUUGGCUACCCAUGCUGCCAAAGAGACGUGGCGGAAUCUUUGCGGGCGAGCAAUUCUCCAGAGUCUGCUCAACCUAGCAAUCCAAGAUCCCGAUGGGCUCAGGCUUAGCCCUGCAGCUCAUGCUGCAAUCGUGUUGGGCAUCCCUGCGCGGGAGGUCCAUUCAGUAUUGCCAUCGAAGCUCCGCUUCGGGCCCAGCGCUCAAAGUCUCUUCCUCGACUUAAGAAAGAAGGGUAUCGGACCCGAAGGAGCAGCACGGUUGGAGUUUCCAGGCCGGCUCCGCGAGCUGGACCUGGACUUAACCCGUUGCGGCAUCCGAGCUGUGGGAGCGGCUGGGCUGCGGCUGCCAGGGACUCUGGUGAGGCUGCGCCUGCUCUUGCAGAAGUGUGACAUCGGGCCAGAAGGGGCCAAGGCAUUGGCGCUGCCUCCGACUUUGGAGCGCUUGGAGCUGGACCUCUCGCAUUGUCUCAUCGGUCCGCUUGGAGCUUCCAACCUUCAGUUGCCACGGGGCCUGGCUGAGCUGGACCUGAGCCUGCUGCGGUGUGGCGUCGGAGAUCGUGGCGCCAAGGCGCUCAACCUGCCUGAUAGCAUUCGGAAGCUGCGCUUGGACUUGGCCCGCUGUGAAAUUGGAGCUGAAGGCCUCAAAGGCCUGCGCUUGCCUGGGCGCCUGACCAGCCUGAUGUUAGAUCUGACAAUGUGUUCUGUUGGACCAGAGCAGCUCAAGGCUCCGAGGCCCGUGCAGCGAGUGGCCGACGAUGUGGCAGACGCGCUGUUUUUGCCGCCCUGCGUGCUCAAGGUCCGCAAGAAGCAGCCGGGACACUGGGCGACUGCGAGCUCCGGAGCUCGAGGGAGAGCAGAGCAGAGUGCAGAGAAGCGAGCUGAGCUUGCUAGCAAAGCAACCAAGCAGCUUUGGGAUUCGGCUUGGGAUGCCUUGGUCCCUUCUGGGGCGGACGGCAGCUCUAUCAGCAAUCCGGAGCUGCUUCGGCUGGUGAAAGAGAGUAUAGACGAGACUUAUUUCGACGACGAUGGACUCCGGCAACUUCCAAGGGUGGAAGGCCUUCCCGGUGGAAAAAGUUUCUUUGAGCGGAUGAACGAAACUUUCUGGGCAUAUGGUCCCGUGGUUGUCGCGCCUCUGGGGCCCUUGCGGACGAUCAGUAUCUCGGAUCCUGGUAUCGUCAAGUAUAUCCUUUCUCAGAGGGAACUGUUCGGCAAGGGGUUCCUGUCAGCGGUUGGUCAGGAUAUCUUUGGCAAGGCGCUGAUUACAGCAGCGGAUCGUGAACUUUGGCAGUCGAGACGAGCUGCAACAAGUGCGGGCUUCCAUGCACAGUGGCUGAGGAGCCUUUCUGAAGAUUUUGUCCAUUGCACUACUCAAGCCAUGCGGCUACUGGAUGAUCGGGUCCGGUAUGGAGAGGUGGUAGACAUGGAAAGCUUCUUUUUGAACUUGGCCCUCGACACUGUUGGUCGUACCAUCUUCGGCUACGACUUUCAAGCGAGCGAGCAGCCUCCCAACAGCCCACAGUCGCCGAUUGUCCGGGCAGUCUACAGGGUGCUGAAAGAGACAGAGUACCGACAAGCCAACCUUGCGAACCUGCUGUUCAUGGGGGCUCCGGACACAUUGGUGGAUGUCGCAGCUCCAAGCGUGGCAGAGUACAGGCAGAGCCUUCGGAGCAUUGAUGCCGUACUCGACGAUCUCAUCGGUGCAGCGUUGCUUGAACAGAGGCUCACAGAUGAAGCAGAACUCCGCCGGCGAUCCGGCGGAACGCUCCUCCAGUUCAUCGUGGACCUCCGUGGAAAUCAAGCGAACAGAGAACAGCUCCAGGAUGACCUGCGGACAUUGUUGAUUGCGGGCCAUGAAACAGUGGCCAGCACGCUAACGUGGGCUGUCUAUGAGCUGGCCAAGACUCCCGAGGUCAUGGCGAAGGCCAAGCGAGAGGUGGAGAGAGUCUUGGGUGGUCGUUCCGCACCCACGUACCAGGACGUCAAAGACCUGAAGUACAUCAGGCUCGUGCUGACAGAGACUUUGCGGCUGUUUCCAGCGCCACCAGUGCUGGCCCGGAGCCCACUUCAAGCUGUCACGCUGCCGGCAACAAAUGGCAGCAACGUGACUCUGAAGCGGGGAUCUUUGUUGCUGCUUCAGCUAGCGCAACUGCAUCGACAUCCCGGUGUCUACGAACGCCCAGAUGAGUUUCGGCCGGAGCGCUGGGAACAGGCAUUCAACUCCACUGGCAUGUGCGAUGCAGGAGGAUGGCGCGGCUAUGACCCAGUGAGGGUCACAGGCCUCUACCCCACGGCUGUUGCGACCGACUACGCUUUUGUUGGCUUUGGAGGAGGCCACCCCAGCCGUUCAAAGCGAGUUCCAGUGCAGUCCACGAUCAUUCUGGCCAUGCUUCUUCAGAGGUACGACUUCAAGCUCGUUUUCGAGGAUUUGGAGAGCAUCGGCCUAGACAUGGCCGCUACAAUCCACACGAAGCGUGGGCUGCUCAUGAGAGUCUCAGCGGUAGGCUGGCGUCCAAACAUUGAACAAAGUCAGGCAGCUCCCUUCCCUGCACUGGCAGGUGGCACUGAGGAGAACUUGUUCGUCCAAGAUGUCAGAGCUAGACGCGAGUACAGGCGUCUCCAUGGUUCUGCGCAACAAGCGCUCGUUGACGGCGACUUGUUCGGAGAGGCUGAGACUGAAGAGGUGCUGUCCGAGCAAGGCGAUAGCCUCGCCAUCAGCCCGAAGGAUGAGCCCGACGAGUACGAGCUUCUGUCUCCAGAGGAAAGCAAAGCAAAGGAAGAGAUCUGGGACGAGGUAAACAAGGACUUCCUUGAGUCCUUGCAUGAGAGGAAAACGCACAGCCGCAAACGAAAGCGGCAGGAGGAAGGAAGGCAGAUUGCGGACAGGUGGCAGAAAGAGCAAAAGCAGCUACUCCUUCUGGAACAGGCCCGCGCCCGUCGGAUGCAGGGAAAGCCAAAUCAGAAGAGGCAUUCUCGGCCAAGCAACCGCGACAUUGAAGACUAUGUUCCCUCAACAGAGGACCUCGCUUUUGCUACCACUUUCAGUGCAGUAGCCACGAUCGGAAAUCAAAUCCGAUCGCAGGAAGAGGAUGAAGAUUCCAACGAGCCAGAAGUCGACUUCUGGGCGGUGCCCGUCGACACGUUCAAUACACCAAACACAGCUGUUUUGCAUUCGAAGACGCGGUGGAUCUCAAGCUUCGAAUGGCAGGCGCAUGCGGCAGACCAAGUCGAGCAAGGUACCACUGCAGCGGAUCGUCCACAGGCAUGCCCUGUGAACAUCGAUGGAUAUGAUCAUGGCACUGAGCAAACAGAUGUGGACCACAUCUUGGUGGAGACUUUUGACAAAGAUGCAGAAGCUUCCCAAGCGAGUUCGGGGAAGACCUACACAGUGCUGGGGACCAGAGAAAAGCCUGGCCUCUUGUCGUUCAGCGCGUUGGAGAUAUUCAACGACCAGGUCCAAGACAUGUUGGCUACAAAACCCUUGUCGGAGCGCAGACAUGCUCCAGUCUUCCUUCAUCACCCCAUCCUUGGUGUACAGGUGGUCGGUGCAACAGAGACCCCUGUAGAAUCAUGCAAUGUGGAGGAGCUAAUAGAUUUCUCCUUGAAGCGUCGUGCGCUUGGUCGCACAUGCCUGCAUGAGUCGUCCAGCCGUUCCACCCAAGUCUAUUGCUUCCGGGUGGAAGUGCAAGGUGCCUCAGGUCAACAAUCGACUGCGCGGGUGUACCUCUUCGACCUGGCUGCUCCGUCGGCAUCACGGAGGGCCACCUGCUCGUCACUGACGGCAUUGCAGACCACGGUGCGGGAGCUAUCUGAAGGUAGUCGACCUCGAGACUCCACUUCGUUGGGCUCUCCACUGACGCUUGCUCUGAGAGAUGCAUUGCAAGGCAGCUGGUGCUCGCUGCUGGUAGCCACUCUGUGUGCUGGAAGCCAGCACGCAUCGGAAUCUGCGGCCACGCUUCGUUUUGCUCGUGAGAUGCGUCAGUUGCAGACUCGCCCGGUGGCUUCGAAGACGCGACCGGAACAGCUCCAACUUUUGCAGGAGGAGGUGGCAGAGCUGCGGAAGGAAGCAGAUCAGCUGGGUUUGGGCAGCAUGCUUAAGGCAUCGCUGGAUGACAGAAGCAGCCUGAUCGCAGAGAUCGUGAAGCAGACUGCAUCUCAAAUGGAAGAGAGUUUCAAACUGGCGAGGCAGCGCACCAAGGCUCUGGAAUGGUGUGGGUUGCUGACAGAGAACUCGGAGGAUCUGAGACGGAAGGAUACAACAACGCCGUAUCUUCUGAACAUGUCUGAUGAUCCUGUUCUUGCAGGCUGUCUGCUCUACUACCUACCACAAGGGGAGAGGAUUUCUAUUGGAAGUGAUCUGGACAGCACUAUAGUCUUCGAUGGCUUGGGCAUCCUGCCCAAUCUGUGCAGCAUCAUCAACAGUGAUGACAGGCACCUCAGUAUGGCUCGUCCAGACUUUGCUCGCCGGCAUGUGCUGCACAAUGGCAAGAUGCUUAUCACUUCCGACAGUGUCCAGCUCUCUGACAAUGAUAGGGUUUGCCUUGGCAGAGCCCAGCUGCUUCUCUUGAAGAUCCCUCUUCAGUCGAAGGCUGAGCAGAAGCCACUCCAGCUGGAAUGCAAGCUUCCAGGGAGUUUGUCGGAGUUGCUUCCGGCCUUGCAGGUACAAGAGGACAUAACUUUUGAGAUGGUACAUCCUCUUCUGGAACACUCUGACUCACUGAAGAAUGUACAGUGCUACGUGAAGGACUUACUUCCCAAGUUGCCGGCCCCCACUGGUCUUGCUUGCUUCACUGUGUUGCGCGAAGUAUGCUAUUUGUUGGAUGAAGCAAAUCUGAUUACUCGGGAGGUCAGGCCAGAGGAUCACAUGCAUUUCCAGGUGGAACUAAUCUGGGACAUCGAGCGAAAUCCGGAGGAGGUUCUUUUGAUUGCUUUGAUAAGCUACGGGAAAGGCAUCCAUACCGCACCAGCCACGGGAGCUUUACCAGAUUGUCAAGUCCUCCACUACUGGUCGUACAGACGGUUCCUGGAGAAGCUGGAUGAGAUGCGGGAGGUCCAUCGUCUGCAUUGCCAAGGGCUCAACGGAUGGACAGGUCGUGGGGACCCUUUCCAUGACCCUUGGAUGGAGCCAAGUGCAGACGCCCUGAAGCAGUACCUGCUGACCUGCUCUUCGUGUCAGCAGGCAGCGACCACAUGUGGCUAUGUGUCGAUGGAGCAUGGUCGUACAUUGCACAAGGCAUCAGCAGGCUACGCGACAGCCGAAGGCGAUCAGCUGCGCGGCCGGAUCGACGAGCUAGUGCAGGAGCUGGAGGACAAAAAUGCUGAGCUGGAAGAGAAGGACCAGAUUGUGAGCGAGCUAAAGGAGCAGAUGGUUCAGAUCACACACCUACUGGGCGGAUUUGCACCAGAGGCUGCGCAGCGCUUUGUUUUGGAGCAGCCCGAGCCCGAGGCGCCUUGCAGCAAAGAGAAGCGCGACUCGCCGCCAAGUGCUUUCGCGUGGACAACUUUGGUGCUUCCAAAGGAAAUCAUGGCGGCGCUGCUCUGCUGCGCAUCAAGGAUCAAGCGAGAUUCGCAAGGAGUAUCAACGAGCUCUUCGGCGAAUGCUGAAAGCAGCAGAGUACGUUCGCGUGAACCAGUGAACCAGUGCGUGCGUGCGGAGAUAUUGGUCAUGGAAGUUUGGCAAAGUGAAAGUUCUUCGUCUUGCACCUUCGUUUCCGCACAUAUGUCGGCUUGGCUAAAGGGCCAUGCCAGCACAGGCUAUCGGCUUUUGCCCGGCGACACAUCGCCAGAGUCUGCCAGGUUGGCCAAAGUGCUACCUGUGGAUGGUCCAGGUCAAAGGAGCCCCGACGACCGCCUUGGCACUUCAGGGGACAUUGUACAAUUCAUGUCCCAUAUCUUCUACACUGAAGAGGGCCGAAAGCACCAGGUGAGCGUGAAGGUGAUCCGGAUAGGCACUUUGGAGGGCGACUGUUCCGUCUCCUGCCACACCGAGGCGUGUUUGGAUUAUCGGAUUUGCCUCAGGGCUGGCUCAGCUGUAAAGGCCGAACUAUCGGCGAGCAUGCGGGUUCCCCAUGGCGAGAACUUACCGCCGUGGGAUCCUUCAUCCCCAGCUGCAAUGCUCCACGUGCGGCAAGCAGCUGAUGCGACGAAGCACCAAAACAAGGUGAUUUUGCGGAAUGCAGCAAGCUGGAGGCAGCUGCUGGAGCUGGUGGAUGUUCUUGGUCAGACGCCUCACGCGCUGAACGCCUGCACGCUGCUGCACCGCUUGGCCAGAGCCGUGGUGCGAGAGGGCAGGGGCUUGUCAGAGCGAGCCCGUUUGCUUCGCAGCCUUGACUCUUUUCAAAGGCUGUUGGAGAGAAUUUCACGACUGGUUCCCGACUUGAACAACAUGGAGUUGACCAACUGCCUCUGGGCAUUGGCCACCUUGGAAGCAACUGAUGCAGCCGAAACGGCGCUUCUUACGCAGCUUGCUGCGGGAUCUGCCAAGUACUUGGACAGCUUUGAGCCUCGGAACUUGGCAUUGUCUGCAUGGGCUCUCGCCAAGAUCGGAUAUGUGGACAAGGCCUGGUGUCGUCUUUGGGCCGAAGAGGUGAGCCGGAAGCUCGCCACCUUCGAGACCCGGGAUAUGACCAACGUGAUCUGGGCUUUUGCCACUGUUCACUGGCGUGACGAGCGUUUCUUGACAAGGUUCUGCAAGGAAGUUGAACUCAAAGCAGAGUACUACACUCCUCAAGAUGUGGGAAACACACUCUGGGCGCUGGCUACUCUUUCAUGGAGGAGUGAUGCCGCACUGGCAGCCAUAAGCAAACGUUGCUUUGACACCGCCAACACCUUUGACCAGCAGAACCUGUCGAUAUCACUGUGGAGCUACGCAACUUUGGGCUACAAGACUAUGAAUCUGUUUCAUCACAUGACCCAGAUCAUCACCGAGCGCAUCAAGACUUUUGCAUCUCAGGGCAUUGCCAACGUUGUCUGGGCUUUGGCCAAAUUCCAGUUCCAGCAGAAAUGCUUAUUGAUGACAAUCGCAGAAGAAGCCCCACCGCGUCUUGACGAGUUCGAUCCGCAGCACCUCUCCAUCCUCGCAUGGGCCUAUGCGACCCUGGAGUUCCCGAACCGGCCUCUUCUCUCCGCUCUCUGCCAGGCAGCAGUGCGGAAGAUGGACAUCUUCAAUGCACAGCACAUGGCCAACAUGACUUGGGCCAUGGCGACUCUGGCACACAAGGAUGAGCGAUACUUGCAAGUUCUGGCCUCCAAGGCCAUGGAGCAGGUCGCGAGCUUCAAUCCCCAGGAGUGCUCGAACUUGGUUUGGGCGUUUGCAUUGCUCACGUUCCGACACGACCCACUCCUGAAGGCCCUCAGCAUUCGCUCCCAACAAAUCGUGUCUGAUUUCAUUCCCCAGAACUUGGGCAACACAGCCUGGGCCUACAACCGUCUAGGAUACCGGGACGAGAGGUUGAUGGAGUGUCUCGUGAACGAAGCAGCUGGAAGACUCCACGAGUGCGCCGGGCAAGAAAUUCUUGACCUCAUUGAGUCCAUAUCAACGGGCGGAUAUGAGGAUGCUGUGCAAGGGCCCCAGUGGCAUUCACUCGUAUCUUGGGCUGGUCAGAAGUACGAGUCCGUGCAGAAGUUUGUGCAAGUGUCCAGCGAUAUGCCACUUGGCCUUCGCAAGCUCUCAGACUUUGAUCGGGCAUUAGCCGUCCAAGACUAUCGGGACCACAUGGCAAGCUUCAGCUUGGUUGGCCUGGGGUUUACGUACACAUCCAAGCUACUUCGCGAGAUGGGUGUCGUUUUGCUGGAAGGCCCUCAGCGUGAGAGUUGGCAGAAUGCAUCACAAGUGGCCGCAGCUCGGAUAACUGGGACGGGCAAUGAAUCCGAUUCGACUAAGAACACUGAGGCACAGGAAGGGCUAAAAGUUUGCCGUACAGUCUGCGUUUAUCGCUAUUCGCUCCGGUCCGUGACUGGGCAGACCAGUGAGGCGGAGCCGACUGCAGUGACCAGCGGACCCGCUUCCGAAGCUUUUGAACUGGGGCUUUUCGCGGCAGUCUUGAGGCAUCCACGAGGGGGAGAUGGUGAGUUUCAAGCGCUUCAGGCAUGUGCACGUCGAUGUUUGGACUUGGGCUGUGAUCCCAUCGGACCUCCUCCUUUGGAUGGCUCUGCCAUCGAGGGCGAGCUCUGGCUCCACGUCUCCGAGGUUCCAUGUCUUUCUUGCGUUGGUGCUAUGGCGCAGUUUAGAAAGCUCUUCCCAGACAUCAAGAUCCACAUUGCUUUCAACCUUGGGCGUCAGCCAUCACAAGAUGGUACCUCGUCAGCGUCCUUCCAGGACAGCACUGCCAAAGCUGGUGAAAAGUACCAGCCUCUGGAAAGUGUGCUACGAUUCGGACCUGGUGAGAGCAUGAAGAGCUUCGACAUCGAGCUGAUCGACGACGACAACUUCGACACGACCUUGGACUUCAAAUGCAUCCUUAGCGACCCAGAGGGUUGCACCGUUCAGCCGGAUCAGAGCAUUUGCCAAGUUCUCGUUUUCGACAACGAUUUGUUUCCCUCCAGCGAGUUUCGAGAAGAACUUCGAGAUAUGAAGACUGUUCAAGAGGAAGAUCUGCAUCAGAUCGGAUUCCGAUUGCUGCGGGCCUUCAUUCUUUUCACUUUUCGACACGUGCCCACCAUAUGGUGGAAAUCCAUUGUGGCCGUUUUCCUUGCCCAGCUGGGUAAUGCUUAUUAUUUGAUGACCAUCUACCUCAAGGUCUAUUUGGUCGACGUUUGCUUGAAUGUCAAAGACGAAGCGACUCUGGAGAGACUACUUGUCCCAGGAAGCCGUAGUCUUACCGCGGCCGUCCUCGGCCUUGCCUGGGUUCUCCCAAACUUCAUCCUAGUAGCUGCAGACCACUUUGAAAUGUCUGUUCUGGAAAUGGGCUUCCACAUUCGUCAGCACUUGCGUGUAAAUCUCUUUCGUAAGUACUUGAACUAUACUCGUGAGUCCAGGCUGCGAGUUCCUAUUCAAGAUCUGAAGACGAGCAUGAUGGAGGACAUACCGACUCUAGCUAGAGACGGCUACCUCAUUACGUUCGAGAUCUUGAAGAAGGUCAUGAAGGUCUUUGUUGUGGGCUACUGGCUGCUGAAGAAGCACCCUCGCUCUGGCCUUCCCCUGGCAGUCUACCCCACGCUGAUGUGA